AUGAUAACAAUAAUAGAACAACAACAAGAACAACAGCCACAACAAUUACCGCAACCAUUACAACCGCAGCCACAACUAAAAGAUGAAUCUGUACAAUCAGUGAGAUUUGCUUUGGACCCUAAUCAUUCAAAGAGACAUCAAAAAUCUGAAUCAGACCAUCAUAUAAUUACUGAUGUUAACAAAAAAAAUAACAACAAACGAUAUAAAACGAUGAGAAGGUCUUCUGCUCCUGUGACUGGAUCAUUAAAUAAUAAUUCCGAAGAAGAUUCAAAGAUUCCAACAGUAUGA